AUGUCUGACAGUGCACUUUUUAUGCCUUUAGAACGUGGGCCUAGUAAUGUACAUAACACAAAAAUUAGCGUUGUUGGUGUCGGCUCAGUGGGUAUGGCUGCUGCGUUUGCAAUCAUGUUAAAGUCUGUCUCAGACACUCUUGUUCUUUAUGACAUUGUCGAAGACAAAUGCAAUGGUGAGGUGAUGGAUUUAGAACAAAGUUCGCAGUACAUUGAAUCAUGUAAUGUUGUUGGCGGAACUGACAUUACAAAAACGGCAAACUCUGACAUUGUCGUAAUAACUGCUGGUGCCCGUCAAGCUGUUGGUGAAUCGAGACUGAAUCUUGUUCAGCGAAAUGUCGACAUAUUUAAAAAUCUCAUACCCGCGUUGGUUGAACAAAGCCCCAACUCCAUCCUUGUGGUCGUUUCGAAUCCGGUUGAUGUAAUGACGUAUGUCACGUGGAAGUUGAGCGGCUUCCCAAAGAAUCGAGUACUUGGAUCUGGAACAAUGCUCGAUACCGCGCGAUUUAGACACAUUCUUGGCAGAAAGCUGAAUGUUAACUCCAGCUCCGUUCAUGGUUACAUCGUCGGCGAGCAUGGCGAUUCAAGCGUGCCGGUAUGGAGUAAGGUAACCAUUGGUGGCUUAAACCUACUUGAAGCCUACCCAAAGCUUGGCCAAAGCGACGAUCCAGAUGACUUCCAAGCUGUCCACAAGGCCGUUGUCGCUAGUGCCUACGACAUUAUCCGCAUGAAGGGCUACACGUCUUGGGCCAUUGGGGUGUGCUGUGCCAACUUGUGCAACGCCAUUCUUCGCAACAGAGGAGUCGUCCUCCCAGUGACUACAUGCGUCGAGGGCCGAUUCGGUGUGAAAGAUUCCAUGUUCACAAGCGUGCCAUGCGUGGUCGACUCCAUGGGGGUCUCUUCAAUGGUCAACUUGAAUCUCUCAGCAGCGGAGGAGAAAUUGCUGGUUGCCAGCAUCAACACCCUGCGUCAGACCAUUUCGGGGAUUCGUUGGUGA